AUACAUUCUGUCGUCUCCACAUCUCAAUACAAAAGACUGGUGGUGAGCAUCAGCCUCUCUAUUGUAGCAGCAGGGGGAAGAAAACAAGCUAUCCCGGGGAUACGGAGUCUGCUGCUCGUGGUUGAGACAUCUGCUGCUCAGCAAGCACAGAUCCAUAUUUCGUCACCUUCUGUGGGUGACGGGUUUAUUAAGGUAUAUUAAGGUGCAUGAAGGCUUCGGCACCAGACGUGAGUCAGUCUUCAGUGGAGAAGGGGUUGUUAGUUGAGCCAGUGUGACGGCGGCACCACGCCCAUCCGUCCUGCAACUGGAUCCCUGCUGUCGUAGGCAGGGGGGGUCUGAAAUCAUGAGGAGAGUGUACAGGUGCUUGGUAACUGGAGUUGGACCCCAUUGUCUAUUGUCCUGAGGGAUUCUGGGUAGUGGAGCAGGCUGCGGCGCAUACAAUGGCUCGAUUUAGAGAACGGAGGCUGUUAACCUGACUUUCCAAGUCUUUACUGGAUCAAACAGCGGCUGCUUCUAAGUAGCUGUUUAACAGAGACGCAUAUGGGCCCAGUUCCAGAUCCAACCCAGUCUGGAUGUGAUCAAGGGUCAGAGGGUGGUGCUGAGCGCCUCGUACAGCUCAGCGCCCGGCAAUGACCCGACCGCCAACACCGUCGUCUGGAACUUCGUCUCCAACAGCACCCAGUUGAUCAUCUCCUACACCAAAGACUCCAUGAGCGUGGGCAGCUCCCAGUUUAAGGGCCGCGUUGGUUUCUCCUCCAGCAUGCCCUCACGCGACGUGUCGCUGUACAUCAACAACACCCAGGAGUCCGACUCAGGACGCUACUUCUGUCAGGUCAUCAUGCCUAGCGGAGGCAUCUCCGGCGAGCUCACUCUGGACGUCAAAGUCCCUCCUGCGGUUCCCAAGUGCUCCAUAUCAGGGAAGGCAGUGCUGAAGGGAAAUGUGACUCUGAGCUGCAAAUCCAGCUCCGGGAAGCCCGUCCCGCUGUACAAGUGGAAGAAAACCAGUCCGAGCUCGGAGGUCUUCUUCUCUCCCAUGCUCAAUGAGAAGACCGGCACUCUGAAGCUGAGCAACCUGAGCAGCAACAUGUCGGGGAAGUACGUGUGCACGGCCACCAACCCAGCCGGGUCCGAGAGCUGCUUCAUCAACCUGGCCAUCGUCUCCUCCACUAACGUGGGGAAGAUCGUUGGCGCCACAGUGGGCUCGGUGCUUGGCUUCCUCAUCCUCCUCUUAAUCGGCCUCUUCUUCCUGCUGAAGAGGCGGAGAGACAACGAGGACGACAUGGCCAACGAGAUCAAGGAGGACGCUCAGGCUCCCAAGCGUGUGUCCUGGGCUAAGAGUGGCAUGGGUUCAGAUAUCAUCUCCAAGAACGGCACCCUGUCCUCCAUCGGCUCCAGCCCCCACCAUAAAGAGCCCUCCCACCACCACCACCACCUGCAGCAUUACCCCCAGCGCCCCCCCUCGGACACCGCCUCCAUCAUCACCGCCACGGGCAGCAUGGCCGGCUACCGCCCGUCCCGCCAUCACGGCGCCUCCAGCCCCACCCACUACGGCUACAACAACAACAGCACCCUGCCUCACGGACAGGCCGUGUCCUCCGAGGCCAGCACCAACGGGAGCUCUCUCCCCAGGCCGGAGCGCUACACCCAGCUGCCCCAGGCUCAAGUGCUGCCGCAGACCUACAGCCAACCUCAGCUGCAGCUCCAGGCCGCUCCCUCCCCACCGCCGCUGCUGCCCACCUCCGUGGUAACGGCCUCCAACAUCGCCCGCAUGGGAGGGGUGCCCAUCAUGGUGCCUGCACAGAACCAGGCCGGCUCUCUGGUCUAAUGCCUGCUAAAGCAGCGCUGUUGACAGAACCAGUGGACUACUGUCCCCGUACUGUCCCCGUCCUGUCCCUGUCCACUCCCAGUGAGGCUCAGCGCCGGAUGUUUUUUUAAAGGGAACGCUUUAACUACUAUUUAGCAAAGAUUUACAGUAGAUGAAGUUCACUUAUUGACGCUUGCUUUCGCGCCAAGAAGCUUUCAAGACACAGACUGUUUACUUCCUUUAAGUCUUUUAUAUUCUGUACGCAUCGCAAACUAUGUAUAGAUAUGAUUUUCAUACAUUUGUCCAGUAUCCUCUUUUCUACUUUAUUAUAUACAGAACAUAGUAUUUUAUUUGUUUUGUUUUUAAUUUAGCCUUUAAAUGUGGUUUUAUAUAUAUUUUUUUCUCUCCAGCCACACAAAGUGGAUCAUCACCAUGUGUGUGUGUGUGUGUGAGUCUCACAGAUGAAAUAAGAGGAGGGUUACUGCUGCACUUCGUCCAUCAUCUUUCUACCUAACGGAGGAAUUAUCGAGACCAAAAUAGGUCCAAGCAGAACGCGUGAGUGCCGUUGAGAGGAGAGAACGUUGGGUGUGAUAUAGGAAGGUCUAUUUCUGCAGCAGACUUGUGGAAAGAAAGAUAAGACAACGUUAUACAUUCGAUAAAGUCGCCUAAUCCUUUUUGUUUGGCUUCACUUCCGUCGGUGGUUCGCUUCAUAAAAUGCUCUUAGACUCAAUUCUUUAAACACAGAUUAGCAAAAGCUUCUUAUAACAUUGAGCACUUCAGAACUGCAGCACGGUGACUUUGCUAAUACACUUGUGAUAUUUUGAAAGUUGCCUGCAGAAUUGAAAUUGUAAAUAUAAUAUUUAUUUUCAGAUAAAUGUGCAGCAAAGCUUCCUGUUGGCCUCAGGCUGUGUGGAACAUCUAAUACAGGUCAUAUGUUUGCCUGCAACACUGGAUACUGAACCAAAGAUAUACACUCUGUAACGCUUCAUUAGUCCAACACGCUCUCUUUAUAUGUUGUCGUUUGUUUUUGGGUCAGCGGGGGGGAUCUGUUUAAAAUGAAAUAGAAGUGUUUGGAUUCACUGCCAAAAGCCACAGGCUUUAUGCUUUUCUAUACGAACCUUCUCUCCCAUUUGAUUGACGUUGCCAAGUAACAGUUCACAAGAAGCUGGUAUGAGUUUCUCUAAAUCAAAAAAGGUGUUUUAAGGUGCUUAGUUAUUGAUCUGCUACCAUUAUCCUACCAGGAGGAGAUGGAGGAGAUACACUAUUCCUCCUUAGAGUCGGAGGAGUAAAGCAACCUACAGAUUAUUGUCAAAUAUAUGUUGGCUUAGAGUAAUACUACUGAACCAAAUGGGCACUGGAUUUUAGUUUCCAUUAAAAGAAGAAAUAUCAGUGCAUAUUUUGAAUAAAACAGAAAGAAUUUGUUCAGUCAGUGUUGAUGAAGAAGAAGAGCUGUAGCUCGUGAUACACGGUCGAUGCCACUGAGAUUCUCACCGUAUUAACAAUGUCAGCGUAGUUUUUAUAUUCAGAAUGGAUCCGAGUGGAUCAGACUUAAUGAUCUCAGCACAUUCACACUGAACAGAACAUGAACUGUGGGAUCCAAAACAGCUUGACAUCCAGGUAUUUUUUUAAACGUGGCUUUUUUCUUUCUCAUUCUACCUGUUGAAAUAUCAUUUGGAUUUGGAACAAAAGAGACAUAUGUAUAAUGAUAGUGAUCAGACUGUCUGUUCUGCUGUAUCGUUGUUACACUGGAGCGUACUGUAUGUUGGUGCGCAGGAUGUCAGAAUAACAACACAGUUCUCAGAUGAAUCAUUUGAAACUCGAUGAUGUUGAAGAGAAACACGAGAGCGUCCUCUACAGAGCGUUUCUGAACAUUGUGACCUGUUUGGCAAAAGCUCGACAAACAGUUGCAUCUUGAAGAUUCGGUGGUUUUGUAAUGUUUUUAAUGCAAAAUGGAAAGAGUGGAUGGAAAGUUGAAUUUGUUGAGGAACUUCCUACAGAGUCUUUACAGCUGCCGUGUUUUGACUUCAGAAUGGGUCUUUACAUUAUGAACAUUGAAAUGUAUUCAAGACGAGCCUUUAUUUUUAUACAGUGAUGAUGUAGAAGAGCACACAAGCUAAAGACGUGAUGGAUUGUAUCACUAACUGUGGACAAACUUGUGCUCAUUCAUAGUAGGCCUAAACUGUGGACAUCGAUGUGCACUUGUAUCCUCCAUAUUUAUGUUCAUAGAAAACGCUUUGUAUAAAAUUUUCAAUUAAAAGAGAACUUAUCACU